UCUUCUUUGUCCUCCUGUUCUCAGUGGAGAUGUCGGCUCAUGACAUGGUCUGCUUUGACAAAACGUUUGAAGCAGCUGAAGCUCUGCUUCACAUGGAAUCUCCUGGAGGUCUGCCCUCUGAACGCAACACAGCAGAGGAUGUGAUGAUGGAGACAGUGGUGGAGGUUUCUACAGAAUGUGGAACUAUAGAGGAGGAGUCCUUCCCCAUCCCACCUGACUGUGAACCUGCAGCCAAGAAGAGGAGAGGAGGAGGACGGAAACCCAGAACACACCAGCCUGCAUCCAAUGGCUCCUUUGACCUGGGGAUGAAGAAGAGACCAAGGGAGGGUAAAGGUAAUACCACAUAUCUGUGGGAGUUCCUCUUGGAACUACUGCAGGAUAAAAACACAUGUCCCAGGUACAUCAAGUGGAUGCAGAGGGACAAGGGCAUCUUUAAACUGGUUGACUCCAAAGCCGUGUCUCGACUGUGGGGCAAACACAAGAACAAGCCUGACAUGAACUAUGAGACCAUGGGCCGAGCCCUCAGAUAUUAUUACCAGCGCGGCAUUCUGGCCAAGGUGGAGGGGCAGCGUCUGGCCUACCAGUUCAAAGACAUGCCAAAGAACAUUCGGGUCAUCGACGACGAUGAAGGCGAGGACAUGGAGGAUGGCGAGGCAGCGGUGUCUGCUCAGUACCCAGCACACCAGCAGGGCCCCCCCACCCUGGGCACUAGCUCCCCCACCCAGCCCCACCAGACCUACGUCACUGUCAUCCCCAGCAACACCACCAACAGGCCGAUCCGAGCCAUGCCGGUGGUGAUGACCAACUCGUUAGGUCAGGUGACAUUAAACUCCUCUCCCAUCCUCACCACUACCACAGGAGUCCCGGUAACAGUGGCCAACGCUAAUGCAACCCCAAAGCUGGUGAUCCAGGCCCUACCCACUGUGCUACCUGCCGGUUCCAAAGCAGGAGAGAAGAUCACCAUCAUCACUAUCCCAGCCAAUCAGCUGGCCACACUCAUGCAACCCUCAGGUCAGGUGACGCAGCUCAUCCAGGCCAAACCCGUGGUUACGCAGCUAGCACAUGCCCCAGCCACCGCCACCACCAAACCAGCCACCACCACAGUCCAGCUGACGCCGGGACGACCAAUGCCGCAGCUCAUCCUGGCCAAACCGGCAGCGGUGGCUUCAGCCAUUGCCACAGCUCUCUGUCCAAGUGAGUCAGCCUGUUCUGCCCAAAACCCAGAGUCAGAAGCACCUCAGCAGUCAGCCUGAAGCAGUGCAACCAGAGGUGGAAGCAGAGGCCCCGCCCCCCUCCAGUCCCCUCCCAGUAGCUGCAGAGACCCCAGCAUCCUGAGGCCCUGUUCAGGUGGGCCACGAAGUAGGAUCAGGGGGAGGGAGGGGGAAAGGAAGUGACUGAGGACACUGCUAAGGAAGCGCAGGACACAUCCCACCCCCAGUCCCACCUCUCUACAGAGCAUAGCUGCUCUCUGAUUGGCUGAGACUGUCUCUUCUGGAGCAGAUGAAGCCCCUUCAGAGGAAUAAAGGGACUGUUGUUCAAACACACAGACACACAGCCUUAGAUUGUACAUGAAACCUCCUUUUUGUAAUCAAACCUAAUAUAAACGCCUGAUGAGACGUUGUAAAAAGCCUUUUUGAUACUCGAUGCUCUGUAUCACAUGUAGUAUGACUUCUGUCUUUAGGUUCUCAUAGUUUCCUGCUCUGUUCACACUUCUGUUUCUACACUGCAGUGUCACAGUCUUCAUCAGCUCCAGUCUGGUUUUCCUUUUCUUUUUUUUUUUGUUCAGAAAAAGGGAGUGAAUGAAUGUCUGCUUCCACGGGAAACAACCCAAUGGUGUGUUCCUCAUUCAAAAUAUACAAUUUUUCCUUGAACUAUCAGUGUAUUGAAGUAGAUUUUACUCAAAUAUGUAUUAUAAAAGACAAAUGUGGAUUAAAACAGUGUUCUGAGUA